AUGGCUUUAGGCAGUGAGUAAUACAUCUAAAAACUUGGACUUGGGGUGUUUUUUAUGUACUUGUUAUAAGCUGAACAUUACAAUUGUUAUCACUUAAAUUAACAAGCUCGGCUUCGCUGUGUUUGUCCAGAACUCCUGCUGCUCUGCUUGGUAGCCUCUGAGGUCUGGUGUGUUGAGACCAAACCCACAUUUGUGUGUAAUAGAGGCGCCAGAAGGGCUUUCAACAUUGUUGAAGAGGUGAAAAGUGAACUGGUGAGGAUGUGAAGUUGUCUUAAUGCUACUAAAAGACCAAUUUUAGCUUCUCUUUCUCCCCUCCUGAAUCUAAUCUUCUUGGGUUAUUAUCUGUGGUCUCCCUUCAGUCUGCCUCUCUGUAGUUCAUCUGCUUAUCCUGUCUCCUCUGCAGAGUAGCUGUCACAGCUCUGCCAGCCUUUCUACACCAGUUAGGCUCCCCUGUGUUGAGCUCCAUGUAGCCUCUUGGGAAAACAAAUCAGUAUGUUGGCACAUGUAUGAUUCCAAAUAUCUCAGCUCUCAGAUUUCCUCUUCCUUGUAUUUUCUUCUUGUCUUCCUUAAUAAUCUCUGAAACCACUUAUGACUUAUUUUCUUUCUGUAUACCUGCGUGGGUUGUGUUUGCAUUACCACAGCACCAGGAAAAGAGAGGAGACAUAGUUGCAUCAUUUGAGCUUCUUAUUGAGGGUUUGGAGUUUGCGAGGGCUCGGAGCCAGCCAGGAUGCGCCACUUCACUUCUGCAGAGACUGGAGAACAACAUCAACAACUACCUGCUCAUUCUCAGAAACCUCCACCUGAAUGUAAGAUGAUGCUUCUGAAAAAAAUCAAGCAAACAAGCAAGAAAUCCAGUAAACACUCAUUUUAGCAACUUUUUGUUUUUAAUUUGUGAAUAUUAAAACGUCCUGUGUGGUUACAUGUAGUUGAAAUAUGCCUUCUAACCCACAAAUCAAAUUAAAUUAAUCUGGGCUCAGUCCGUCCUCUUCACUCACACUGAAAAACAUCACAACAAACCUAGCCAAGAUCAUCUCAUCAGUAUGUUGAUGAUCAUUCACACAAACUGUGUUGAUGGGUUUUUCUCUCAUCAGUUUGCAUCUGAUUGAGGCACUGAUUAGGCAUUAUCAGUGCUCUCUGGUGUGGAAACAUCCAAGUUUCUCAUAAAUCCAAGAGUUUCUAUGAUAUCUUUGCCCCACGAGUGAUGGUGUAAUGUCAUGUGACCUUUAACUUUCCUUCCUUGGGGUCAGAAGAUGAUAGCAGUGCAUACUUUCCAAGGUAGACAGGGUACAGAUUUGUUAUCAUGCGAUCACUUAAAUGAACUUCUUCUAUAAAGAUUUGUUUUUUACUAGCAGAUCUAAAAAUAAGUGCUGUUAUUUUAGUCUUCACUGUAAGAUGUGAUGUCAAAUCUCCUCUGAUGCAACUUUCAGCCCCCACAUCACUAUUCGUUUUCUCUGCAUUUCUAAACUCUCUUUGUUGUUGUAUUUUCUUUUUAAACCAGCAGGGGUCAGUAGUGAGUCCAGCCCUGUCCUGCGUUCCUCGAAGCACCCACAGUCUCUGCACAGUCCUGCUGCACUACGACCAACUGAUCUCAGGAAAACUGGAGCAUUUCAUCCUUAACCUUGAAGACAGUUGCUAA